GUGCUACCCGUGGGUGUCCGAAUUCGCUACGCACAGGCCAAAAACACCAAAAACACGAAAUCGCGAUUUUCCUCUCAAGUAAACAACCACACCAAUUGCUCAAUAUGGCCCCAACCACACGUCGCAAUUUGAGGAUUACCCCUCCCCCUGGUCCUUCAGAAGGCCAAGAAGCUAAUACUGUGAGAAAACCCCGGUUCUAUAAUGCCUGGGAUAGGGAACACGAGAACCGGUCCAUGCGAGCGAUCUGUAAGGAUUACAAUAUUACAGAAGGAACAGGCCGCCUUUGGAAGAAGCAGAGGGAGGAAUUAGGGUCUCUGGCAUAUCGUCAUACGCGCAAGCUAUCGUCAAACCUUGGAAGACGCUCGAAAGUCACAAAAGCAGUCUGCAAGAUGCUCGUUUCUCUAUUACGAAAUCAGGUCCGUAAUCAAUUAUAUAAUAUAUAGAUUGCCUACCAUAAUAUACCUGUUAAGCAGCAUUAAUUACAAAAGAAAUUAAGAGAGUAUAUAAACGGCGGUCAGAUUUAUAAGGCAGUAUUUAUAAAGAAGGAAAUCUCAGAGAAAAAUAAGGAGGAGAGAGUAUUAUAUGGUAAGGAGUAUAAGGACAAGAAUGUGGACGAUUUUUGGAGAUAUAUCUUUUUUACUAAUAAAGUAUAUAUCGACCCU